GCGAAGACGCGGUUCCUGCCCAGGGAAUCACACAGCCUCUCCAUGGCCAAAUUCGUGCUUGCGGGUAGAGCGGAUUGCCCAUUUUAUGCUAAAGCAGAACUUCUAGCAGACUAUUUACAGAAGAAUCUUCCCGAUUUUCAGAUAUAUAAAAUUACACAACAUCCUCAUGUUUGGGAGGAGUGGCUGAAAGAUUUGUGUGAAAAGAAUAAAUGGAACCACAAAAAUUCCCCCAUCAUCUGGAGAGAGCUGUUGGAUCGUGGAGGAAAGGGUUUGCUUUUGGGAGGAUACAAUGAGUUUCUGGAGCAUGCCCAGCUUUACUACGGUGUCACCUCUAGUAUGACGACUGAGAUGAUGAAAGUAGUUGCUGAAGAGAACCUGGAGGCACAUAUAAAAAAUGAGCUGGAGAAAGAACCACAGAAAGACCUCACUGAACCCUUGCAGGUCUGGAUCGCCAGCGCCUCUGCCUCCGCCUGCUGCCACCUCAUUCCCAUCCUGACCAGCGGCGAAGUGUUCGGAAUGCACACGCAAAUUAGCCUAACUCUAUUUGACAAAAAGCAGGCGGAAGAAACUCUCCAAAUCCUUGCCACAGAGACGCGGCACCUGGUGUCACCCUUCCUGCAGAGCGUGGCCGUCUGCACAAGGGCAGAGGAGGCCUUCCGCCGGGCCCACGUGGUCAUCAUCCUGGACGACCCUGCGGACAAGGAGAUACGCACGUUGGAGGAGUACAUCCGCAGCAGGGUGCCGCUGUGCAGGCUCCUCGGGCACCUGAUCGAGAAGAACGCUCACGAAUCUGUCAGAGUGAUCGUAGGAGGGAAAACCUUCGUCAACCUUAAAACGGUGUUGCUGAUUAGAUACGCCCCAAAGGUGGCGCACAAUAUCAUCGCUGUGGCGCUGGGGGUGGAAGGGCAAGCGAAAGCAGCUCUGGCCCGAAAACUGAGAACAACGCCCUCCUGCAUCAAAGAUGUGAUAGUUUGGGGUAACAUUAGUGGAUGUGGCUACAUCGAUCUGAGAAAGGCCAAGGUUCACAACUACGACAGCGCUGUCUGGGGACCUCCUCACUUUGCACGCCCUGUUUUAAGUUUGAUUUUUGAUAGUGAGUGGGUGAACAGAGAGUUUGUGGCAACUCUUAACGAGUGGAUCGCCACAGGAAAACAGUUUCGAGGCAUCCUAGCCGCACACAGUAUAGCCACUACGUUGAAAUACUGGUACCACGGCUCACCACCUGGGGAGAUGGUGUCGCUAGGAGUAUUGAGUGGAGGCCAGUUUGGUAUUGCUGAAGGGGUCGUCUUCUCCAUGCCUGCGAAGUGUGAGAAUGGAACAUGGGUGGUUCUCACAGAUCUGGAAGACAUUGAACUAGAUAAACAAAUACUGACCAGAAUAACAAGAGACCUGAUUCAGGAGAUACUUGUUGCAUUUGGAGAUGUAAGAUAUUUUCAGCCGUAUCAAUCAGGUAAUUUUUUUAGAUGUGAUGUUUUAUUGGGCUGCUCUUAA